UUAACCUACCACACUGAAGCAACCAUUUCAACUCCCGCCAGAAACUACACCUCCACCCACUUCAACUACCUCAUAGUCAUACACAAGAAAAACAAAACCAUAACCCUAGCUUCUCUUAUUUAUAAGUCUUUUUAAUAUUCAAAUCUUUAAGCAAAAUCUUUGAAAUAUAUCAAAGAAAUAUUUAUAAAGAAGCAAGAGUUAAUUAAAUUAAUUAAUUCCAUUUUUGCAUGCAAAGAAAAAUGGCGGGUGUUUCUUCAUCCACUACCAUGGCAGAGAAGAUCUCUUGGUACUGUGCUUUGUUAAUGGCGAUGAUGAUGGUUUUGAGCUGCUGCGAGGUUAGCGAAAGCGAAUACGGGUCGAUUAUGAAUCCGAAUGGGACGAGGAUGAUGAACAAGGCAUGUGAUGAGAUUUAUGUUGUAAGAGAAGGAGAGACAUUGCAUACAAUUAGUGAAAAAUGUGGAGAUGCUUUUAUUGUUGAAGAAAACCCUCAUAUUCAUGAUCCUGAUGAUGUUUUUCCUGGUUUGGUUAUUAAGAUUACUCCUUUUAAUAAUAGGUAAUUAACUAAUUUCUUGUUGCUUGAUCUUAAUUUGGAAGAAAAUUUAAGUGUUAAUGUUGUCUGUUCUUUUAGAUUAAUGUAUAAAUUAAUCUUGAACAAGGAUACUUGGUUUGUAAUUAAGAGAAUUCUGUGGGGUGUUAAACUUAGGAGUACAUAUUGAACAAUUUUUUUGUUAUAAAGUGGAUAUUAAAAUUAGGGAACAUUACAAAAGAAAGAUUUUCAGCUA